UGGCAUACAAGUACUGUUGACAGACUACACUGUACCCUAGACAGAUGAAGAAGAAAACCUCUGAUGGUUGCUGGCUUGUUCUCAUGGCUCUAGUUGGGUUGGCUGUACAGAAUGUUUCGUCGUCAGUGAACUGUCCUAACCUAUGUCAGUGUGUAGUUGGUGAUUCUGAAGCCUUCAUCGUGGACUGUGUAAACCAGAAGCUCACAACUUUCCCCGAAUCUGUACCGGUCAUUUCAACAAAACUUAACAUCAGCAGCAAUACAAUUACUCGCUUAAUAGAACUUAAACAGGGAAAUAUUUUAUUUUCUUCUGUCACAGUUUUGGACAUAAGUAAUAAUGUUCUGGAAGAGAUUAGUGCAGAUUUCUUGAAGGCGUUUCCUAAUUUAGAAUAUUUAUAUUUAAAACAAAAUAAAUUAAGAGAAAUUCCUGAUUUUUUACCUGAAACAAUGGUAGUACUACAUGCAGGUAUAAAUAUGAUAACAAGUCUGUGUAACUUAACUCGGAGUCCUGUGCGAGAGCUCUACUUAAGUAAUAACAACAUCAAUCUUGGCAGCAAGAGCCUCAGUGAACAAAUGGAAAGAACCUGCAGUACCACUUUUGAAUUCCCGAAUCUUGAAGUUUUAGACCUGGCAGGGAAUCAGAUAACAAAUAUAGACGAUGAAACUUUCAGCAGAUCUCCAAAAUUGAGGCAUUUAUCUCUAUCAAAAAACAGGAUAGCAAAUGUGUCUUUUGUUAAGGAACUGAAUGCAGUUGAAGUUUUGGAUCUAAGCAACAACUUGAUUUCAGGGUAUGAAAAACACGUAUUUGAGAAUUUGAGUAAAUUAAGAUAUUUAUCUUUAGCAUUUAAUAACUUCAUAAGUCUGCCUGGCUAUUUCCCGACUCUGGAGUGGCUGGACAUGUCGUUCAAUAGUAUCUCCCACUUGGUUGAGGAUAUUGAUAAAGAUGGUCUUUAUCCUCAUGAUGUUUUCCUUUUAGGAGGUAAUCCAUUUCACUGUGACUGUCAUUUACAAUGGGUGAAAGACUUGUAUGACUUAAGAAUUUAUUUAUUGAAAUAUAUAGAUGUAAAAAUGGAAAAAUAUGUUCCUGUUUGUGCAACACCUAAUCAUUUAGCUGGAAAGUCAUGGGACUUACUUGACACUGAACAGUUUGUGUGUUCUGACAAAAUCAGGAGCCCGGCAAAGAUGGCUGAAACAGCUAACAAAGAUUAUCAUUGGUCUCCAGAACUACACACAAAUUUUGUAGGACAGACUUACAUCAAAUUAAGUUGGGCCCCAAUAAAGGUAGAUUUAAAAUCAAAGUUAAGGGAGACAAUUUUGACAUACCGAAAAUUUGGUGGACGUAAUGAAUGGAUUGAGGUGUUAGUCACAGGUAAUAUGGGUGUUUACACUAUCAGGGAUUUGAACCCGAACACAGCAUAUGUCAUCUGUCUGAAAGGUGAUGUUUCCCUGGACCAUAGCUGUGUGGAAGUGGUCACUUCUGGUCAGUUUUGGCUACAACAGUAUGUAUUCUUUGGUUGGAUGGCUGCACUUGUUUUUAUCUGCAUUGUGGCCAUUUUGAUCAUGUGCUUUUGUUUUUUCAAAAAUGACAGUCUAAAGAAACAACAGUAAAAUUGUGACUGAUUUUGUUGUUUGAAAUUUGAAAAUUGUGAUUGAUAUAAAUUUUUAUUUAUGAGUAAAAUAAAGUACCUUGCAGGUUCAUACAC